GAGAAGAUGCGUCGAUAGAGCACAUGCGCAGAUUGAGGAAGGUGCCCGGCCAUGCAAACUGCUCUUCAUCUUUGAAAGCAGGAAUGCCGUUCAAAAAGUAAACUCUGCUGCGGUAUGAUAGUCAAAAUUACAGAAACAUCAUUCUUAAAUGGCCACUUUUCUGGAAGAACCUAUCACCCACCCUUUUGCUUGCUUUCAAAGAAUUAAAUGGUGCUAUACUUCAUUUGAACACUAUUCUUCCCUUUUUGAACUUUCAGGGAAUCGAUACGUACUUGUGUAAAUAAAAUUCUUUUUAAUAACUGGACUCAAAGAUUAAAAAACAGUGAAAAAUAAAGACUGAUUCUCCAAGUGACCUUUUGUUAUGAGCCACGAGAAGUCAGAUGGCCUUCUUCUGCUCAAUUUAUUGCUCAUCGACAAUCGAAACUUCCAUAACAAGUGCAAUAAUUUAAGCCCAAGAGACAAUCCUUUUCAAUAAUGUGGAAAUUCUAAAAAAUUGGAUGACAAGCAGACGAGAUAGUAACGCUACUACUAGUAGUGAACACAAAUCUAAACACAAAAUGUCAGUCGACAAACUAAGUGACCAAGAAGAUACAGCUUUAAAUGGUAACAAACCAGAAGAGCAAGAUGUUCCAGAAGUGAAAAAUAUGCGCUACUGGGCCAAUAAAAUCAGCCACGUUUUUAAAAAGGUAAGACAUCCCAAGAAGAGGAGAAGGAGCAGUUUUGGGUCCCUCUUUUCUUCAAUAGGUAAGAUAGGUCUUGUAAUAAAUAGCUUAUUCAAAAUUUUUGAGGAACUACUUUUAGCCCCUAUUAAUUGCCACGUUACAAUG